UCGGGAUCGGGAGCGGAGCGGCUCGAGUGCGGCUGCUGCGGGCGCGGGAAUCCGGCGGCGCUCACACGGCCCAAGCCCGCCGUCCACGCAGGUCCGAGUGUCCGCAGAGGGAUCCAGUCAGGUCCGAGUGUCCGCAGAGGGAGCCAGUCAGGUCCGGAGGUCCGAGUGUCCGCAGAGGGAUCCAGUCAGGUCCGGAGGUCCGAGUGUCCGCAGAGGGAUCCAGUCAGGUCCGAGUGUCCGCAGAGGGAUCCAGUCAGGUCCGAGUGUCCGCAGAGGGAUCCAGUCAGGUCCGAGUGUCCGCAGAGGGAGCCAGUCAGGUCCGGAGGUCCGAGUGUCCGCAGAGGGGUCCUGUCAGGUCCGAGUGUCCGGCGAGGGGUCCAGUCGGGUCCGCAGCGGGUGUGGGGAUCAGUGUCCAGUGCGCGGCUGUCGGUGUGUCCGGAGGUCCGGGGUCGGCCGCCGCUAUGCUGGAGCAGAAGGCCGUGCGGGUGGUCGCCGAGGCUCCGGGCGAGCUGAAGCCGGGGCUGAACACGCGGCUGUACCGGCGGCGCUGGGUGAUCGUCGGCCUCUUCAGCUGCUACUCGCUGUGCAACGCCUUCCAGUGGAUCCAGUACGGCAUCAUCAACAACAUCUUCAUGAAGUACUACAGCGUCACCUCCUUCACCAUCGACUGGCUCGCCAUGAUCUACUUCGUGGUCUACAUCCCCACCAUCUUCCCCGUCACCUGGCUGCUCGACAAGAAGGGGCUGCGGGUUAUCGCGCUCUGCGGCUCCGGCCUCAACUGCUGCGGCGCCUGGAUCAAGAUCGCCAGCGUGCGGCCCGACCUGUUCGCCGUCACCUUCCUCGGACAGGCCGUGUGCGGCAUCGCGCAGGUCUUCAUCCUCGGCAUGCCGUCCCGCAUCGCCUCCGUCUGGUUCGGCUCGCACGAAGUCUCCACCGCCUGCUCCAUCGCCGUCUUCGGCAACCAGCUGGGGGUUGCGGUGGGGUUUCUUGUUCCUCCCAUCCUGGUGCCGAACAUUGAUGACCUUGAUAAACUAACUUACCAUAUCAACGUCAUGUUUUAUGGCACUGCUGGAGUGGCAACUCUGCUUUUCGUUCUCGUCAUAUUAGUGUUUCAGGAGAAGCCGGAUAUUCCACCAAGCCAAGCACAAGCAGCUAUCCAUGCCAGCCCUCCCCAGGACUACUCCUAUAUCCAGUCUAUCCUGCAGAUGAUCAAAAACUUGCCAUUUUUCCUCCUCAUUGUAACCUAUGGAAUUAACACAGGUUCUUAUUAUGCAGUUUCAACCCUCCUGAACAAGAUGGUGCUGACACAUUACCCAGGCGAAGAACUGAAUGCAGGGAGGAUUGGGCUCACUAUCGUGGUUUCUGGAAUGGUUGGCUCCAUUAUCUGCGGAAUCUGGUUGGACAAAACCCAAACGUACAAACAGACCACUUUGGUUGUUUACUUCUUAUCCUUCGCAGGGAUGGUGGUCUUCACGUUCACACUUGAUCUGGGUCACCUGUGGGUUGUCUUCCUAACUGCUGGGCUGCUGGGGUUCUUUAUGACUGGUUACCUGCCACUUGGCUUUGAGUUUGGUGCAGAACUCACCUACCCAGAAUCUGAGGGAACAUCAUCAGGACUGCUUAAUGAGUCUGCACAGGUUUUUGGGAUCAUCUUCACCAUUUCUCAGGGAAAACUCAUCGAUCACUUCGGAACUAAGGCGGGAAAUAGUUUCAUUUUUGUAUUUCUCUUCGUGGGAACGGUUUUAACAGCUAUAAUUAAAUCGGACCUCAGGAGACAGAAGGCAAACAUGCAUGCAACACAGGAGUCUAGCAUAGGAGCAAAUCACCUUCUCGAUUAUGGCGCUACAGCUGCUACGAUUUCCUCAUUCAUCCUCCCUCUUCGUUUGUUGCGGUCAGAGCGGUUAUCCAGCAAGGCUGAGGAAGGAAUCUGCAGUUCCAUCAUCUUGAAUGAAGCAGCUCUGUGAAGCAACAACCUGCCAACCAGCCAAGUGUGUGGUUGGAGCCACGGUGGUCAGCCAGCACCAGGAGACCUGCCUGCCGGGCAGCAGAGACUGCUUUUAUAAAUGCAGAUUUCUAUGGAACUAAUUUGCCAAAGUUAAUGUUUUGAAUAAGUAUCUUGAUCACUUCUCUUGCAGGAAAUGUUGAUGCGUUUUCUAACUGUGUUGCUCCUCCUCGUAAUCACUUCAACUUUAUUAAUUUAACCCAUACCCUCCAGGUAAACUCACAUGUAAUAGAUCUGCAUGUGCUGCACUUUUCCUCAAUCUGGACAUUGAUAAAAUCUCUCGUCGUCUGAGGGACAGAGCGGGGUGCUGGGGCCUCAGACAGAGGUUUUUGGAAUUUUAAUGGUGGGUAUUCACACCAACCAUGAGCAGCAGCACAAACCAGCAGGCACCUGGAGAGAAUCCAAAACUGCUGAUGUUUUGACAGGGUUCUGAACUCCACAGCAAUAAUAAACUAGUCCCUGAGGCUGCCUGCAGCCAAGAUUUGGUGUACAGCAGAGAGGAGAGUCAGUAAGCCAUUCAAGUCCAGUGAUUCCGAGUAACCUUAUCAAUGCACUUUACAAAUAUAAAGCCUUCCCAGCCAUCCACAGACGGGGCAAGGAGAGGGAAAGGCAAAUUCGCCCAAUUCCCACAUUACAGGGGAAAGGACAGCAAGCGCCCUUGCUGAUUGCUGUCUCAAUCCAGGCACACUGUUGCGUGUGGGUGAGCGUGCAGCAGCUGCCAGUUGUGAGGCUCCAAGGAGGGGGACUGCUUCCCUGGGCACUGUGAUCAGACUAGUCUGUACCUACGGGCCAGCUGCUCUUUAGAUGGCCAGCAGAUGUGUCUGGUGUGAUCUCUGCCAAAUGGACUGAGCUGUGUUCUAAUUCCCAGCAAGACCAGGAGAGGUUUUAUUUAUCCACGUUUGGAAAAUAGCAGCAUGAAUUGUAGAUCAGUUGAUGGCUUUUCAAAUUGAAAGAAUGGAUUAGGGUUCAGAAUUAUGAAUAAAAUCUCAGCAAUAACUGCUAAAA